CAUUCGGCGGCGGGCGGGCGGCGCUGGCAGUGGUUGUUGGCUGCUACUGGUGCUGCAGGCAGGCGCGCGCGCGGCUUGCUGUGGACCCCCCUAGCCUGGGCCGGACGAUGUGAGCGGCCGGUGCCCGCGGCGCUGGGGCGGGCGGCGAUGGCCGGAGCCUGGCGCGGGAGCAGCCGCCGCCGCCGCUAGGAAGCGCGGGGGCAGCCGGGCCGGGCCGGGAAGUGCUCGCCCCGCCCCGCCCCGCCCCGUCCCCGGCGUGCGGGCAGCGCCCCCGCCCCCCGCCAUGUCGUCCUCGUCCAGCUCCUCGCAGACCCCCCCCGCGCACCCGCAGAGGAUGAGGCGCGGGUCCCCCACGGCCGGCGGCGGCGCGGCCGGCAACGGGGCGGCGGGAGGCGCCGGGACCAGCCGGCUGCUGCAGCCCAUCCGUGCCACAGUCCCGUACCAGCUGCUGCGGGGCGGCCCGCAUAGCCCGCCGCGCUCCGCCUCCGUGGGCAGCAACACGGGGCCCCGCGGCGCCAGCCCGCCCCCGCCCAGCCCGACCCCGCCGCCCGAGCCCGGCCGGCUGAAGGGCAGGCAGCGGCGGUCGCCGGACAGCAGCCGGAGGAGCGGCUCGCCUGAGAGACGGAGCCCCAGCUCCCCCGGGCCCCGAGUGGAUAGGCCAAAAUCCCAGCAAGUUCGAACCUCUGGUACAAUAAGGCGAACCUCUUCUCUGGACACAAUAACAGGACCUUACCUCACAGGACAAUGGCCACGUGAUCCCCAUGUACACUAUCCUUCAUGUAUGAAAGAUAAAGCUACUCAGACACCUACCUGUUGGGCAGAAGAAGGAUCAGAAAAGCGAUCGCAUCAACGGUCAGCUUCGUGGGGGAGUGCUGAUCAACUAAAAGAGCAGAUUGCCAAAUUGAGGCAGCAGCUCCAACGCAGUAAACAGAGUAGUCGUCAUAGUAAAGAGAAAGAACGUCAGUCUCCUCUCCAUGGCAACCAUAUAGCAAUCAGUCAGACUCAGGCUUCUAUCUCAAGGUCAGUCCCUAUGCCUCUGUCGAACAUUUCAGUGCCAAAAUCAACCAUUUCACGUAUGCCGUGUAAUGUAGAAGGAAUAAGUCCUGAAUUAGAAAAAGUGUUCAUUAAAGAAAACAGUGGGAAGGAAGAAGUAUCUAAGCCCUUGGAUAUACCUGAUGGUCGAAGAGCACCUUUACCAGCUCACUAUCGUAGCAGUAGCACACGUAGCAUUGAUACACAGACUCCGUCUGUUCAAGAGCGCAGCAGUAGCUGCAGCAGCCAUUCACCAUGUGUUUCACCUUUUUGCCCUCCUGAGUCUCAGGAUGGGAGUCCAUGCUCAACAGAAGAUUUACUGUAUGACCGGGAUAAAGACAGUGGGAGUAGCUCACCGUUGCCCAAGUAUGCCUCAUCUCCCAAACCAAACAACAGCUACAUGUUCAAACGAGAGCCCCCAGAGGGAUGUGAGCGAGUGAAGGUCUUUGAGGAAAUGUCGUCUCGUCAGCCUGUCUCAGCCCCUCUCUUUUCAUGCCCUGACAAAAACAAGGUUAAUUUCAUCCCGACCGGAUCAGCUUUCUGUCCUGUAAAACUUCUGGGUCCCCUACUACCUGCCUCUGACCUGAUGCUCAAGAACUCUCCAAGUUCUGGUCAAAGCACAGCUUUGAGCACUCUGACUGUUGAGCAGCUUUCAUCUCGGGUCUCUUUCUCAUCUCUGUCAGAUGACACCAGCACAAUGGACUCUACAGAGGUCUCAGUACAACAGCCAUCCCAACAGCAGCAACCGCUUUUGCAGGACCUUCAGACUGAAGAACACUCCUCUCCUCAAAGCUAUGCGUUAAUUUAGAUCAUGGUGGAGCAGGCCUCUGCCCUUAAACAAGGAUUGGGGAUAGCUCAAAUACAUCUGCAUGGAGUGGCAACCUUUUUCAGAACAAAACAAAAUACUUAUCAGCAUCAUAAAAAAUAUCUAAACACUGUUGUUGGCAGGGACAGAACUCAUAGCGUUCUUUGGUUUUGUUUUUCUUUUUUUUUCUGUGAAAAAGCAGUAAUGCCUGCAGAACUCAUGUAUCAUUAAGCAUUUUAAGUGGAGACUAUGCAUUUCAUAGUAUGUUUGACCAGAUUAGUACUGUGUCCUGUGUUCUGUUUCAGAUUCUACAGUAUAAAUAAGCUCUAUAUCAAAAAAAAAAAAAAGUUGCCUGUCUGAAUAGAAAAUGUCUUGCUGUGUUGUGUCCUAUGGAAAAUACUGUACUUCAGGAUUAUGUUUACAAUUGAUCCAGGUGUUUGUUUCUAACUUCUGUAAUACAUACAAUGCAAAAAAAAAAUGGCCACAACAGUUGCACAGUGCCCACCCUAUGGCCUAGCUUCAGGUACUUCUCUCGAAGUCUAAACUCAGGUAACUUGGAAUGUAUAUCAUAUUGGGAUAUAAAAUAUUUUACAGCUAAAAAUCUAAAGAGGGAACAUCACUCUUUUGCCUUUCCUUAUUUUAUGCAUUAAUAUUUCCUCAUUACAUUCCACUUUCUUGGAAUAAGUGCAUUCAAAUCCAGGAGAAUAAUUACCCUGGACGUGGGUGAACAUGAGGAGAACCAGCAAAUCUGUGAUGUACAUCACUUUCUCAUGUGGUUACAAGUAAAACAACUGUUGCAUUUAUCAUCAUUUCAGUAUAUGUGAAAUGUGGCAUUUAAAAGGUUUCAGGUGUUGCUCAGUUAAUGACUGUUAAGCUGUUGCAAUUAAAGUGUUCAGUACUAGGCUGUACAUAAGAAACAUUCCACAUUGUAUGUGAAGGGAUCUUAAAUGACAAGAAUGUUUUUGCUUUUAUUUGUUUAACUUUAGAAAAUUCUUUCAGGUUUCACAGGGAGUGAUGGGGAUUUCCUCUCAUGUUCAUGUUGGCAGUUCAGGAUGUGAAAUGCUACUGUUACCAUCUAAAAGUUGAAUUAAUGUUUAGUUUCUCUUUUGGAAAUGUUCAUUCAUUUGCUGGUUGGAGAGUAAGUUUUCAGGUUUUGUCAGUGUUUAGAUGAGCAGUGUUUUAUUUGUAUAAUUAGUGAAUAAUUAUACUUUGGGAUUAAACAUCUAUUAAAAAUACCAAAGUAGCAAAUGGAUGUUUGAAAGAGGGGAGUACUAGUUUUACAUCUGUGUUAUCUAAUCAAAGCAUCUCAUAGCACCCUCAGUUACUUAGGUUAUUAUGUAUAACAUUGUUGCGGUUGAAAGUGGGGUUGGAAGGCCUGGUAAAAUUGUCUUGGGUUUGUAGGCUGGACACUUCCUUAAAAUAAUACAUGGCAGUCAACAGUUUAGUAUUAGUCUUUUUAUUGUACUGGAACUUCAAGACGAUUGAUUUCAGAGCUAAUUUUCUGUGAUACAUGAGGACCCCAAAGGCUCAAUAAACUUGAUAUUCUUA